AACAUGAAGUAUGCCAGAUACAGCUGAAGGUGAUUUAAGUGGGCGAGCCAGAGGGCUGGCCUUCUGGAGCUGUCUGUGAAUCAUCAUGGAGGAAAAUGGAUAGUUGGCUGGACUCCCCUCCAAGGAAUGGCUAUGACUAAAGUAUUUGUUGUAAUCUGCUGGUCCACUUGGCUGCUGCCAUUGCAAAUAGGUGGUUUUGGAUUAGAGUACAGUGAAGAUUACAGCUUACUCCCUCCGUUAUUUAAGGAGCUGUCAGAGCGGCCCAAAUGGAGUGAUAAUGCACCAGGGCCCAAUAUGGUGGCCAUCAAAUACAUGAAAAGGUUGUAUAAGAUGUCAGCCACCAAGGAGGGAUUUCCCAGGCUUCACAAGAACCCAGUGUACAACACAGUCAGACUGUUUACUCCAAGAACAGAGUGCAAACCAGAAAGGGAGAGGGAGAUAAAUGGUGGCAUGCAAUCACUGGACUUGACUUUCAGUGUGGACCGUGUUUCUGCUGUGGAGCAGCUAUUGCAGUCACUCUUGCUUUACUCUGUGAGUAAAAGAUUUUCCUCUUCCAACAUCACUUGCACGUGCAGCUUGGAAAUCUUGGGUUAUGAGCUCCAAAGCACAGUGUGUCCUCGUGCACCGCAGUCCUUCCAUUUCCAGCUUCGCAAAAGACAAAGAUGGGUUGAAAUUGAUGUGACCUCUAUUCUGCAGCCAUUUAUUUCCAACAAAAGGCAAAAUAUUCACUUGGGCUUGAAUUUCACUUGUAUGAAAAACAAUAAACACUAUGAUUUUGCAACAACAGGUCCAUUUAAGAUGACCAGGAGCCCACCAUCUCUACUCUUGUACCUGAAUGAUACCAGCAAUAAAGCUUACCAUAGGAGAAUCAUGCAUGAUAUCGCAGAACAGCCACUCUAUUAUCCAGUGGGAAGAAUUCCCUCUAUCUUGGCUGAUGAUGAAGGGAACCUAAAGUUGCAACAAAUGUCCAGACGACGAAGAAAUCACGAUUAUGAAGCUAUAUUAGAGGAGAACACAACGGUUGUGCCCCACACCUUUAAUUUUAGUGAGUACCUAAAGCAGUUCGUAUACUCUCAUAAUGAAUGUGAGCUUCAUCGAUUCCGACUUAGCUUCAGCCAACUCAACUGGGACAAAUGGAUACUGGCCCCGCAUCGGUACAGUCCAGAUUACUGCAAAGGGGUGUGUCCUAGAAUUGUUGGUCAUAGAUAUGGAUCACCAGUUCACACCAUUGUUCAGAAUAUCAUCUAUGAAAAAGUGGACUCUUCCAUUCCACGUCCAUCUUGUGUCCCCUCUGAAUACCGACCGAUGAGUGUCUUAACCAUUGAACCUGAUAACUCUAUUGCCUACAAAGAGUAUCAGGAUAUGAUCGCAACAAAGUGCACUUGCCGUUAGUCUUUUUCUCAUGAACCCACAUUGUAGGUUAGGUUUAAUCAACGCAGUGUUUCAGUAACAUCUAACUUUUCAUUCCAAAAUUCAGUUAAAUAACUCCAAAGAGCUACUUUAAAAAGUAACUCUGAUAUUGAGUCUAAUAAAUUCCUAAAACGGUUUCAUAAGGAAAACAAAAAUUAUAAUACUGAUCUGUGUCAUGGGGUGUCAGAUGUACUAUGUUGUUCAGGCUGUUAGCUUUUCCUAUCCAACAGAGGAUGUCCAACCCUGUAAUGCAACUAUAACAGAAAGCACACUAUGCAUUCAGAGGUGACAGAUUUGUGACCAGCUUAAAAAGUAUAUAUUUAGGGAAUUAAAUGUAAUUGUGCAACCUAGAAUUGUUUAUAUGUUAGGAAUUCAAUGCCAUUCUAUCUAUUUCACUUUAAAGUAGAAAGGUAUCAUCACUGCUUAUCACUUAAUGAUUAUAAUUUCUUGAAACACCAGGCCGGUGCUACAGUUCACUACUGGCAGGCAGGCAGGAGCAGCAUGUUGUCAUCUUCUGUCUUCCAGGGAUCACUCAUGGCCACUGUACACAUAUCCAGUAAAGUGAAAAGCCAAAAGGAAAUAGAAGGCUUUUUGAUUUACUGUGCAUAUUUAACCUGGUUUAGGGCAGUUCAGAGAUCCGUAAGAAGGAAGAAGAUGGCAUCAUGGCACUGACCAGUUUCUCAAGUAAGUGAUUAAAAUAUCUAGAGGGGUGCUGAGCAAAUUGGCACCCAUCAAUUGUUAUACCUUUCCUUCUCCUUUAAGGCAGAAAUAACAGAUCAUUUUCCCACAAAACUGGCUAUGACGAACAGUCAGUUUUUCAUCAGUUGGCACCCUUACAUUUACUUGAAUCGACCAGACAGUACACUUAGAUUGACCAGACAGUACACUCAUAAUAGUCCUGCCUGGUAUUGGCCAUAAGCACUAAUAUAUAAGCACUCAUUAGACAUGGAAUUUAGCAGUAAAAAGUCAAAUUAAUCAGUUAAAAGGAAAAUAUACCGCUUUAUGACAGACUGGAUAGAAACCAUGAUAGUCUGUCUGUGCUAGCACAAUCCCCUUAGACUGACAGUGCCAUGCAACCCUUCCUUACCUUGUUUUAUUGUGAAGUGAUUUGUUUUUAGACUUGAAGUACCUUUAUUUCUGAUGGUGGGUGGUGCAUGGAUUUCCUGGAAAUUAGGAGACUUGAAAUCUCUAAAUCCAUCACUUCCCAAUGAGAUAAGAUAAGGAUGGGUUGCAUUUUCACCUAAAGGUGGCCAUACACCUUACAAUUGCGAUCUUUCCUGUGACAAUUUGUCGCAGGAAAGACCAUUCCCACCUUCCACUGACGUUCAGAGCUGAAUCGUCCAUUAUGGAGGUAGAAACAAUAGGGAUUCUACCUCCACCUGACGAUUCAGCCCUAAACACAGAUUUUGCUCGGGCGCCAUCAAAAUCUUUUAAACCGCCCCAUCGGCGAGGUGACCGAUAUCAAAUGCUCUUGCGAUAUCUGUUGUCUCAUCGAUCCGCCAUACACUCACCGAAUAUCGGAUGAAACAAGGUUUCGUACAGUACUAUAUUGCUGUGUGUAUGACCAGCUUAAGGGUCGUAUGGAACUGAUGCCAAUGAGCAUACAGAGAGACAAUCAUGAUUUGAAAUUUUUUAAAUCCAGUUUGGAUUGAAUGGGUUGUAUAGAUUUGUGACCGCAUUAUGUAUGGGUAAUGUUCUAGUGAGUGUAUACAAAAAUACACCACUUACAUGCAAGCAGUAGGUACUUAAAUAUAUAUGAGAAGAUAAUUUGUACUGUAAAUCACACAUUACAGGCAAUAUUUUGGUAUUUUCAUAAUUACAAUAUAUAGGGCUGCACAAUAACACUGGCUUAUGAAAUAAGCAGCAUAAGUUGCUUUUUUUUUUUUUUUGCUUUUUUUUCGAUCUAUGAUAAGUUAUAUUUAGGUUUGGGUGAGGGGUCUAUCACUUUAUAUAAUAUGGAUUUAGGUGGGCCACAAAGUCUGUGCCUAUCCUACAACUAUAGUUACAAGAAGCCAGUCAUGUGUCUUCUCAAUUUAAAGGUGUUUUAACAUUGCAGGGACAUCAGCUAACCCCAUGUCAUCAGUGAAAUAACAGUCUUUGCUUGUCCUAUAAAAUCGAUGUAACAACUAGGUCUUUAUCUCGCUGACAUGGAACUGAUGUCUCUGACAUUGCAGUGUUGCUGUUUUUAAUACCAAGAGGUCUCUUGAUGCCAAGAAGGAGGUUUUAAGAUUGCGUAAAAUAUCGCCAAUCACUUUCUGAAUUUUAAUGCAUUUUUAAAGAUUUGGGUGAAAAUGGUUGUCCAUUGGACAACCACCCUCCUUCAUGCAUGGUAUCGGAGAACAAAGUUGUCUGACGCCUUAGGACAACCUCCUUCAUACAACACAGCAAGUAAGUUCUUAGUUGCAUUACGGCAUGCCAGUUGGCAAUGUCUUGCAAAGUAUGUGGGGCUAUAGAUUCAUAUGAAUCUUGAAUGAUGUCACCCACUAGAUUGCUGCUAGGAUUUAAAAACUAACCAGCAAUAAGGGAAACAUAUACUUUUAGAAAACCUUCUUUCUGGACAUCAAUAGAAAAACCAGCAUAAUCUAACUAUAUAAGCCAUAUUACAGAAUUUACCAAAGAACUUCUGUUUGGUGUUAACAGUGGUAUCCAACCCCAUUGGCAGCUGAUCUAAAUAUCUCCGAGCCCCCUACCACUUGUCAUUUAAUAGCUGGGGGGCAAUGGUUGGUAAUCACUACUUCACAUUAUUACAAUGCCAUGCAUUUUUAUUGAUGGGUUAAGAGCUUUGAUGAAGCCUGCAACCUAUUUGCAACACAAAGCCUUUUAACUGUUUCACAGGCAAAACAAAUACCUACAACAGCAAUAAUUUGCGUAGUAUUUAAAACUUUGAGAUCAAUGUGAUUUUUACAUUAAAUAAUUGGUAUUGGCAACUGAUGGCUUAAAGACAUUUCUAUAUUAACUAAUGUGGACAGAUGUAACAUAAUAUACCUAUAGCAACUGGCAAGCUGAGACUUGCCUGUGAUUCCAAUAGAGUAUACAAUCCUAUUAAGUGAAACUUAUGUGCAGGUGAUUCCCAUUAAAGGCAUAAGUAAACAACAAUGUCCCCACAUAAGGAUAUUGAAUAUCACAUAAAAUAAUGUCCUGAUUAAUUGGCUCAGGUUCCAGCAAUGUACUCAAUGUGAAGCUGCUUCUGAGAUGCUAAAGUUAACCACUAUUCAUGGUUUUCUUUUGUCCUGAUAUUCCUUUAGUGCGCUGUGAUUUAAGUGAUUUAUAGCUCUUAAAAUCUUUUUUUUUUUUUUUUUUGUUAUUUCGGAAUAUAAAAUGAGAGAGCAUGUGGCUUCCAACUGAUGUUCAUCGCUUAGUUCUGCUACUUAUGGGGGCAACACAAUAUUUUACAGUUAACAUCUUGUAUGCCACAGAAGUCUCAAAGGCAUUCAGUACUUAGUUAUAGUUGACUUGUAAACUCUAAGAAAGGAAUUCUACACGUGAGAAUGUUUUUCUAGUUGAAAGCAAAUGUUCACACUAUAUGAUUAAAAGAUGAAAUGCAGAACUGUCUUUUAUUAUUAUUGGUUGAAUGAAACUAACGCUGACUUGUUUACAUUUAUGCUCAUGUCAUGGCAGUGUUACUAGUGGUAUAUGCCAUUUUUAAU